AUGAUUGACUUGAGUCUUCUGAGGAAUGCAGAAACAAGAAAUUCUGUCAUAGAGAGCGAAAAAAGAAGGUUUAAAGGAGACGCCGUUUCAAACAAGGUGGUGGACAUGAUAGAGGAGAGAAUAAAGCUGAGAUACACAAUGGAGCAGCUGAACAAGGAAAUGAAUGCUCUGACAAAAGAAGGAAUGAAGUACUUCAAAAUAAAAAAUGGCAGCGCAUCUGCAGAACAGGAAGGACAAAAAAACGCUCUUUUGAAAAAGAUAGCAGAGAUAAAGGAACAAAGAGCUGCCUGCUCAGCUGAGCUGUCGAAGAAAGAAGAAGAAACAGACGAGGUAGCGAGAGAAAUAGGGAAUAUCCUUGACCCCAAUGUUUUCAUAAGCCAGAAUGAAGACGAAAACCCCGUCGUGUUCGAAACAGGAAAAAACGUAAAAACAUUUUGGCCAAAAGAGCUGCUCUCGUAUGACGUGAUAUUGGACAGACUGGGGGCAACCGAUACAGAAAGAGGGACAAAGAUAGCGGGACACAGAGGAUACUUUUUAAAGGACGCCGGCGUAAUUCUAACACAGAGUCUGAUCAGAUACGCAAUGGACUUUCUGAGAAAGCACGACUAUUCUUUGAUUCAAACGCCUUUUAUGAUGCUCAAAGAGUCCAUGAAAAGAACAGCGCAGUUGAGCGAUUUUGACGAUCAGCUGUACAAAAUAGAAGGACACAACGAGGCGUAUCUAAUAGCCACGUCAGAACAGCCGCUAUCCGCACAGCACGAGGGAGAGUGGAUAAAAGAGAACGAGCUCCCCAUUAAAUACUGCGGGUACUCUUCGUGUUUCAGAAAAGAAGCAGGCGCGCAUGGAAAGGACAACCGAGGAAUAUUCAGAGUCCACCAGUUUGAAAAAAUAGAACAGUUUUUGAUUACCACUCCCGGAGAAAGCGAGAACGAAUUUAAAAAAAUGGUUGAAAGAUCAAAAGAGUUCUACGAUACGCUUGGGCUCUCCUACCGCGUAGUCUCCAUUGUCUCAGGCGCGCUGAACAACGCAGCUGCUAUAAAGUACGAUCUGGAGGCUCUGUUCCCUGCAUCUGACCGAUUUAGAGAGCUUGUGUCGUGCUCCAACUGCACAGACUAUCAAAGCAGAGACCUGAAUGUUCGUUUUUUGCCCAAUGAAAACAGCGAAAAAAAACAGUUCGUUCACAUGCUCAACGGAACACUCUGUGCUGUGCAAAGAACCCUGUGCUGUCUCGUGGAGAACUACCAGACAGAAGGAGGAAUUAUGGUGCCAGAUGUUUUGAUACCGUAUGUUGGGGAGAAGUUCAUUCCAUACGUUAAAGAGUAG